AGUCGCAGAUCAACCACAGAGACUGCACUUUGUUUUCAAACCACUUCAAUGUGUGUGUGUGCGUGUGUGUGUGUGUGUGUGAGGACUGCUGAUUGGAAGAUGUGUGAUGAACACUGGAGGCUCUCCCCUCGCCGCUCACACCUGACGUGACGCUCAGAGAAGCUCCGAGCUGUGAUGCACGGUGCUGCCCAGCCUGCCGCCGCUUCUCCUCCCGCACAGCGAGUGCGGCGCACAGUUGGACAUCAAGCGAGAAGGAGAACAUCCAAAGGGAGGCGGUGGGAGGGACACGCGCAUGUGACUGGCUUUGCACGUUUCCAUUCACACGAGUCGGGCGUGGAAUUGAAUCUCUCCGUCGGGGAGAGCGACGUUAUCACAAAGAAAGCUGACGUUUUGAAAGCAUAUAUAUAUAUCGUCGUCGUCCGUCGCCCGUGGAUCGUCACAGCACCAUGCGAACUGGAGAGACGCGCCCGGUGCCAUGCUGAACGACUCUCCGACGCUCCUGCUGGCUCUCACCGCGGUGGCCGGGCUUCUCCAGCGAUGCCAAGGCUGGAGCGACGAGGACCUCCUCAUGCCGCCCAGCAACUCAUCCAACAAGUUUCUGACCAACCUGGAGGUGGACGUGCGCUUCCCCAAGAGGUCCGUGGAGCUGGAGAGCGAAGCCUCGCCCGACGGCCCCCCGCUGCAGACUCUGUCCCAGUGCAACGUGAGCGUCCAGAGGCUGCUGCCCACGUCGCUGGUGGCCCGCUGGGACAGCAGCUUCGGCUUCCAGUGUGACGUGCUCAUCUACACCACCAACAACCACGGGAGGGCUUUUUUCUCCGCGGCUUUAAACAGGGCGAUCUCCCCCGUCGUCAUCGAGCACCUCGGGGUCAGCGGGGGUCAGCAGGAGCUGCGGUUGUGCGUGGGCUGCGGGAUGUCCGGGUUCCGGAGGUUUGGUCAGGGCAGGUCGAGGGGCCAGCAGGCCGGGGAUCAGGUCACUUUCUGCUGCAUGGAUUUCAGUCUCGACGAGCUGAAGGGGGACAAAAGUUGGAGGUUGAACAGAAAGCCCAUCGAGUCGACACUUGUGGCUUGCUUCAUGACUUUGGUCAUCAUUGUGUGGAGUGUUGCUGCUCUCAUAUGGCCAGUCCCGAUCAUUGCAGGAUUUCUGCCCAAUGGGAUGGAGCAAAGGAGACCGCGAUAAUUGAAAUAAUCUUUAUUAUAAUUAGCCUGUGCUGCCUAUACUAUAAUUGUAGCCAUUCAACUGUCCACCUGAAUGAAUGAUUGAGGAGCUUUGGAGACACUUUGACCCAAUGUUUUAGUUUUGGGUGCUCUUUAAUCCUUAUUAGAGCUCCUCAUCAUUAGGACAACCAAGGUAAAGUAUGGUGGAUUAUACUAGCCAAUAGUAAUCUAUACUGGGACCAACACCAAUGUGUUUUGUAUACCCUCGUAGGCCUUCCUAUAGAUUAUGUCAGUGUAAACUGUGCACACUUUUCUCUUUAAACAGUGUUUGUAUAGUUUUUAAUCUUUUUAGAAAGUUGUUGCCUUAUCCCAUGUGUAGGGGUUUUUUGCACUGAAAACUGAACUUUAAAGUGUGCUGUCACAUGUAUAACCUAUAGUCUUGUUCAAAGUAAAUGUAAUAGUUUUUUCCCCAAUACGUUCUGAAAAAAUAGAUGUUGUUUCUGAUUGCCAUAGAGAGGGUUUCAAUAAUUAUAUUGUUAGAUUUAUAAUGUCAAGCUCUAUAGGCGUGCUUAUUUGUAUUCAUGUUCCAGCGGUUUCAAUGAAAAUAAAAUUGACUAUAGGAUAUAUCUCA